AUGUGGGCUGGUCCGCUCGUUAUGGCCAGCGGAACGGAUCUCACCGUGAAGGGAUCGGGCGUCCUUGACGGGCAAGGACCUUGGUACUGGAAAUACGGUCCGUCCAUCACGCGUCCUGUCUUCUUCCGUCUUCAGAAUGUUAUCACCUCGAAGGUGUCCGGGUUCACGAUCAAGAACAUGCUCUUCCGUACGUUCAGCGUUGUUGCGUGCAAGAACACGGUUCUCUCUGGCCUCACGAUCGACUCGAGAGCGGGCGAUGGCAUCGCCAAGAACACGGACGGGUUCGACUUGUCCAAGAACGACGGGGUCACGAUCACCGGCAACACGAUCUACAAUCAAGACGACUGUCUCGCCAUGCAGUCGAGCACCAACACCGUCUUUAGAAAACUGCUACAAUACGCACGGUAUUUCCAUCGGGUCUGUUGGCGGCAACGCUGUCGACGCUUCUACCACGGUGCGGGUUCAUCAACAACACGGUUGAGAACCAUGCGGAACGCCAUCGUAAUCCACUCGGACUACAGCAAGGAAAACGGUCGAUACAUGGGCAUCCCUACGAGUCAGGUGCAGAUCACUGGUAUCACGGUCCCCGGUCUCACUGGUUCGUCAACCAACUUGUACGACAUCCAGGCCAACCCGAACAUGUUGUCGAUUUGGACUUUUGUGGGCAUUAAAGGUAAGGCAUCGCAGAAGGACCUAGUAUCCGGCCUGCCGAAAGGCUUGGCCAUUUGA